AUGUCACUAGACAAGUAUUUCAAGCGUAAAUCUCUUGAGGAUGAAGAGUCAAUCAAAGCUUCAAGUCAUGUAACUCAAUCAAGUUCAAAGAAAAAUCAUAUUGAAAUCAACCCCGACACUCUCCUUGCUGACCCUGGCUUAAGAAGACCAAUUUAUGAAUACCAUAUAAAUGAUAGGGAUGCAAUCCGAAGAGCUUAUCUACAAAAAGGUCCUUGUCAACCUUCACACUGUGAUUUUCCUCAAAAACAAUUUGGGAAUAUAUCAACACUACGACGAUUUAAUCCGGCUUGGUUUGGUGCAUACCCAACAUGGUUGGAGUACAGCAUAGCUAAAGAUGCUGUCUUUUGCUUGUAUUGUUAUCUCUUCAAGUCAAAAGGGGGUGUUGAUUCGUUUGUGGGUGAAGGAAAUAAUGAAGCUAUUAAAAGAGUUACUUUCAGCGAAGCUCCUAGACAUAACAAAUUGACUUCUCUAGAUAUUCAAAAAGACAUUACUCAAGCUGCUGCAGAGGAGAUUACAAAUGUGAUUAUCAAAGAUCUAGGUGACUCAUUAUUUUCAAUUUUAAUUGAUGAGUCACGUGACAUAUCAAUCAAGGAACAAAUGGCUGUUGUUCUACGAUAUGUAGACAACAAUGGACAUAUAAUUGAACGUUUUCUUGGCAUUCAACAUGUGCGAGAUACAACUGCUAGUUCACUCAAGGCAGCUAUUGAAGCUUUGUUUUCUAAACAUGGGCUAAGCAUAUCAAGAUUGCGUGGUCAGGGAUAUGAUGGAGCUAGUAACAUGCGAGGUGAAUUUAAUGGCUUGAAAGCACUUAUUCUAAAUAGCAAUCCAAGUGCAUAUUAUGUACAUUGUUUUGCUCACAGACUUCAAUUGACUCUUGUAGCUGUUACAAAGAAGCAUAAUGAAGUUGGAGAUGUCUUCAAUUUUAUUUCUAGCAUUAUAAACAUAGUUGGAGCAUCAUGUAAAAGGAUGGAGGUCAUUAGAGAAAAACAAUAUGCUAGAAUUAUUGAAGGACUUGAAAAUGGAGAAAUUUCUAGUGGACGAGGCUUGAAUCAAGAAACUUCUCUUAGAAGGUAUGGUGAUACUCGUUGGGGCUCCUACUAUGUUACAAUUAUUCGUCUACUUGCAAUGUUUUCAUCAGUUCUUGAUGUGCUUGAGAUUAUAAGGGAGGAUGGGAUGAACUCAGAACAGAGAACAGAAGCAGUCGUUUUAACAGAUAUUAUGGAAUCAUUUAAUUUUGUAUUCAUGCUUCAUUGUUUGAGAAGGAUACUAGCAGUUACUAAUGAGUUCUCACAAGCAUUACAAAGAAAAGAUCAAGACAUAGAAAAUGCUAUGAGUUUAUUGGAAACAUCAAAGGAACGAUUCAAAAUGAUGAGAGAGAAUGAUUGGGAAUCUUUACUGGAAGAAGUGUCAUCUUUUUGCAUCAAACAUGAUAUUGAUAUUCUAAACAUGGAUGAUGAGUACAAGCUUCGUGGGCGUUCAAGGCGAAAAUCUCAAGGGAUUACAAACCUACACCAUUUUCGUUAUGAAUUGUUUAACAAUAUCAUUGACAUGCAACUUACUGAGUUGGAUGAUCGUUUUACUAAGACGAGUACAAAGUUACUUCUUUGUGUGGCAUAUUUAAACCCAAGUGACUCUUUCUCUGCUUUCAACAAAGAAAAGCUUUUUCACCUUGCUCUUUUUUAUCCCAGUGAAUUCUCUAUAGUGGACCUUAUGAUACUUGGUGACCAACUUGAUACGUAUAUUAUUGAUCUAUGUGGUGAUUAUGAGUUCUCUGGUAUUGAAGGUAUUGCUAGUCUUGCAGAGAAAAUGUGGAGAGAGUUUUUUCUGCUAUGCAUAUUGUCAAGAGUAGAUUGCGAAAUAGGAUGGGAGAUAAGUGGAUGA